AUGCGGCUUGAUGGGCACAAAAUCAGUCGCGAUGACUAUCAAGUAAUGUCCGUUAAUUUAAAAUUGGCGGUCCCAAUCCCCUUGUCCGAAGUAAAAGAGCCGUCGUACCUAGCCAUCAAUUCAAAUGGACGCAUCCCUGCCAUCUAUGACCCUAAUACUGAUCUCACGCUUUGGGAGUCUGGUGCUAUAGUUGAGUACCUAGUUGAGAGGUACGAUAUGACGCAUCAGAUUAGUUUUGCGUCAGGUACGCACGAGUCAUAUCUGGCGCGACAAUGGCUAUUCUUUCAAGCCAGUGGUCAAGGGCCCUACUACGGGCAAGCGUCAUGGUUCAAGAAGUUUCACACGGAGAAGGUGCCUAGCGCCGUAGAGCGGUAUGUCAAGGAAAUCAAUCGCGUUGCGGGCUACUCAUAUGCUGAUAUUGCGUUUCUGUCGUGGCAGACUAUCGUCACGCGUGUCAUCCAGAAAGAAGACGGUUUCGAUCAGAAUGAUUAUCCCGUGGUCAAGGAUUGGCUGAAUAGAAUUCUUUCGCGCAGUGCAGUCAAGAUGGCAAUGGGAGAUGUUGAGCCCGUGGUGUAA